CUCGCUCCUCGAACUCUCUCUCCGCUUCGCCGUUCUCUGUUUCUCAUCCUCUCUCUACCAUAUGCAAAACAUUCAAUUUACUUUUCUUCCAUUAAUAACCAUUUUUUUUCAUCAUCCAUUGCUGUUCUAGAGUUUGAUUGUCCAUUAUUACCUACAAUAUACACAUUUAUAUUUAUAUAUAUCUGCCUCUUUAUACAUUUUGUGUUCAGUUUAAUUUUCGUGUUUUGGUUGGAGAUGGUCUCCGGUACGCGAAUCGAAGGUGGGGCACAAACUCUGUCUGCUGAGAUACGGAAAACCAUUCAAUCAAUCAAAGAAAUUGUAGGAAAUCACUCUGAUGCUGAUAUAUAUGUGACUCUUAAAGAGAGCAAUAUGGAUCCCAACGAAACUGCUCAAAAAUUGCUAAAUCAAGAUCCAUUUCAUGAAGUGAAGAGAAAAAAAGACAAAAAGAAAGAGAAUACAAUGUACAAGGGCUCUAAUGCUGCAGAGCCAAGAAAAUAUAUUGACCAUUUUGUUCAGCGGAUGAAAUCUAGCACAUAUUCUGAUCGUAAUGUACGAAGUGGAGGCUAUAGUCGCAAUGGUUUACCUGGUAAUGUGAUUUCAUGA